CGGAGCAGUGAGGCUCCGCCCGGCCCUCCGUGGAGGCCCGGCCGCGACCCGGGCCGCGCACGCUGAGCUGCUCUCCGGUUCUUUUCGCGACCACUUCUCCUAGUCCCGGCUUUCAGCCCAGUCGCUCCUGCCGGCUCCGGGCUCGCCGGCUGGCGGGGAGUGGCCUCAAGAUGGACGAAGGCGGUGGCGGUGAGGGCGGCAGCGUGCCUGAAGACCUGUCCUUAGAAGAGCGAGAAGAACUUUUGGACAUUCGUAGAAGAAAAAAGGAACUUAUCGAUGACAUUGAGAGGCUGAAAUAUGAAAUUGCAGAAGUGAUGACGGAGAUUGACAACCUGACUUCAGUGGAGGAGAGCAAAACUACUCAGAGGAACAAGCAAAUAGCCAUGGGAAGGAAGAAAUUCAACAUGGACCCCAAAAAGGGCAUUCAGUUCCUAAUUGAGAAUGACCUGCUGCAGAGCUCCCCAGAGGAUGUCGCCCAGUUUCUGUACAAAGGAGAGGGCCUGAACAAGACGGUCAUCGGAGACUACCUGGGUGAGAGGGAUGACUUUAACAUCAAAGUUCUUCAGGCCUUUGUUGAGCUGCAUGAGUUUGCUGAUCUCAACCUUGUCCAGGCCUUAAGGCAGUUCCUGUGGAGCUUCAGACUUCCCGGAGAGGCGCAGAAGAUCGACCGCAUGAUGGAGGCCUUCGCGUCCCGAUACUGCCUGUGCAACCCCGGGGUCUUCCAGUCCACAGAUACGUGCUACGUGCUGUCCUUCGCCAUCAUCAUGCUCAACACUAGCCUGCACAACCACAACGUGCGUGACAAGCCCACCGCGGAGCGGUUCAUCACCAUGAACCGAGGCAUCAACGAGGGCGGGGACCUUCCUGAGGAGCUGCUGAGGAACUUGUACGAAAGCAUCAAGAAUGAGCCCUUUAAGAUCCCCGAAGACGACGGCAAUGACCUGACCCACACCUUCUUCAAUCCGGACCGCGAAGGCUGGCUUCUGAAGCUGGGGGGUCGUGUGAAGACCUGGAAACGGCGCUGGUUCAUCCUUACAGACAACUGCCUCUACUACUUCGAGUACACCACGGACAAGGAGCCCAGGGGCAUCAUCCCCCUGGAGAACCUGAGCAUCAGGGAGGUGGAGGACCCUCGGAAACCGAACUGCUUUGAGCUGUAUAACCCCAGUCACAAAGGGCAAGUCAUCAAAGCCUGCAAGACGGAGGCGGACGGCCGUGUGGUGGAGGGGAACCAUGUUGUGUACCGGAUCUCUGCACCCAGCCCUGAGGAGAAGGACGAGUGGAUGAAGUCCAUCAAAGCAAGCAUCAGUAGGGACCCGUUCUAUGACAUGCUGGCCACGAGGAAACGGAGAAUUGCCAAUAAGAAAUAGGUGACUGCCGAGAUCAAGACUCCAGCAGACACACUGGCCUCACAAGCGGCAGGACAGGGGGGCAGUGCGGUGCCCACAGGUCCUCCACACAGUCAGCCGAGGCCUGAGCCCUCAGUCCUGUGCUCUGGGACAUUGGUCAGCUGUGAGCGUCUCCUUCCUGCCACCAUCCUGGCGUUUACCUUUGGGGACCCUUGUCCACAGCAGCACUUGGUGAUAUGGCCUCCAGAUCUGCACAGCCCACGUGGGACUCCUCUGAAGCCAGAGCCUCAUCCACCAUGCCACACCUGCUCUUUGGGCAGCACUAGAUGUUCUAGAAGUCGCUGUUUUAUAUCAAAAUGGGAAAGGAAAACCUACCACUUUUUUAUUCAGAAUUUUUCUCAGAUAUAUAGGAUUAUAGCUUUUAUAUGCCUUUUUAUAUUCUGAAAAUUAUAAUGAAAGAUACUUAAUUUCUAACAGUAGUAUUUUUAGAAUGGCAGCUAUAAACUUAACUCUUGGACACAAAUAUAUACCGUGCACUGAAAAGUCUAUGUAUGCAGCCACUCUGGGUGAAGAGGCAUUGGGGUGAGCAUGAGGACCAGUGUGCUUGGGAGACUCGGGCGUGACUGCCCCUUCCCUCACAUGCUUCUCUAAGAGGAAUCAGUAAGAUUGGCUAUGGUUUGGGUAUCUAUGCUGUCAGGGCCCAGGCCUGGAGAUGGAGUUCUCUCUGGAAACAGGCCACUUAUGUGCAGAACGCAUUAAACUGUUUGGCCUUCAUAUAGGGCAACUCCUGUGGUCCGCCUGCACUAGGCUCGUGCCUUGGUACUUUGCUUACUUGCUGUGUCAGACUUCGGUUAAGUGCUGACAUACAUUUUGAUGUGAUGAGUGGGCCAAAGCAGCUACAAGUAACCCGCCUGUCCUCUGGCAGUGCAGUGUUCCAACAUGUGACAUCCUUUUGAGAAGGAGAAAAGCUGAAGAUGCAGUGAGGGAGACCUGUGGCAUCUAGACCCCUAGACCAGCGAAUGACUUCAGGGCACCUGUGCUUGAGCUGAUACUGCGUAGGUGGUAGGGCGAUUCGUGGCUUACUUGGAAAUGGCUCUCCCCUGCAGACCUUUCCAGGGCCCUCAAAACACAGGCUCCAGGAGUGUGCAAACCGCCAACCAACUGCCCUUGCACAAGACUUUGAGUGAGCUGUCUUGAGGCUGUUUGCCUCGACCUUGGUGAUAGCUGUCACCUAAGAUGGCAGGGGGAUGUGAAGGCCAGAACUCCCUCCUGUACCAGACUGGUCACUUUUUAGUUUAUUUCUAAGCUUCUAGGCUUUAUGUUUUUACUAAUACCUCAAAUAUAAAACCCUUGCAUUUGAGCUGCCUGGCUGGUGUAUAUGCAGCCUGGCUCCCAGUCUUCCAUGAUCCCUGUUCCCCCUAAUCCCCACCCCCCUGCCUUUGCCACCUCAGACCUGAACUUACUGCUGGUGGGGCACCUGUUGGGAGGUGGGAACUGGCAUUCCUUCAGUCAGGACCAUGGUGAGCAGGUCCGAUGUUCAACCCAGGUGUGGCCCGGAGCUCUGUCGGAUAUUGAGGACGGGACGUUAAGUGUGAGGCUACCUAGUGUCUUUAAUGCCAUAGUCGUCUUUGAGGGGACCUUACCUUACGGCUAUUGGUUUGCCUGAUGGCUGUUGGUGCUAAGAAUCCUAAGUUACUGGCUCUUGGAGUAUCCACAUGGAGUCACUUAACUCAGGUCGUGUUGUGACAGUGUUAACCCCAGGGCACCUGCCACUCAGAGCUUGUGAAGGCUCAGGGGCUCCUGCCCUUCACCCUGUCUGCGCUCGGCCAUUAAGCACUAAGCCCUGCUCUGGCCAACGACAGCUUCCUCUCCUGAUGGGCCCGGGCGACCUUUCUGGGUUUCAGGACACGAUGUGGAACUGCAGUGUAACGAGGACCUGUUGGAGAUGCAGCGACUUACUGCGCUUCGUGUCAUACCGAGUUCAGAGAUACAGGUGUGCUUUGCUGACAAGUCAGGUCGCUACAGACCUGAAACCAUAAGUUGUGAUUUCUUUUUACCUUAGAAAACAUUUCUAUUUACAAUAGUUACUAUGUAAAUAAUGUACAUAUGUAUUAAUUUCUUCAGUGUUACACAAUGUACAUACUCCUACAACCUGCAUGAAGAAAUAUCCUAUUAAUGUUAUCAGAAUUUCUGGCUAUUUUAUUGCAAAGCAAACAGCUAGUAAAAUGGAGGGCCUUACAGCUGUCAGAACUAUUGGAAAUACUGUGUUCACUAAAUAAAAACAGAUGGUUAAAACCAAAA